CUCUCUUUCUCCUUUCACCACUCAAAAACAUCAUUCAUCAAUGAUUCAUAUCCAUUCAAUGCUUCGUUUCUACUUCGUUUGAUCCCGUUUUCCUUGCAUAACCAUAACCGCCCUGCAAUUUGCUGCUCUCUCUUUUGCUCUAAUCGAUUUCGUUCAUUGAAGGCAGGGAGGUGAAUUUAUAAUUUUCGGCAGAUAUGGUUUCCUUCGAAAUGAAUGACCGCAAGAAGAUUGGGCUAGGACUUACAGGAUUUGGGAUAUUUUUCUCAUUCCUGGGAAUUGUCUUCUUCUUUGACAAGGGGUUACUUGCUAUGGGAAAUAUCCUGUUCUUCUCAGGAGUAACUCUCACCAUUGGACUCAAGUCAACCAUGCAAUUCUUUAUGAAACGUCAAAAUUUUAAGGGGACAAUUUCUUUUGGUUUAGGGUUCUUCUUUGUUAUCAUAGGAUGGCCAAUUUUUGGCAUGAUAUUGGAAGCAUAUGGUUUCGUUGUCCUUUUCAGUGGCUUCUGGCCAACAUUGGCAGUCUUUCUUCAGAAAAUUCCUGUUCUUGGAUGGUUAUUCCAGCAACCAUAUGUCAGAUCGUUCUUUGACAAAUAUCGGGGUAGACGUGUACCUGUUUGAGCAGGGAUGUUAUAAAUCCGUUGGUAGGUGAAUUUGUAAGUUGUAAACCACUCUUGCUUGGAAGGCCCAGUUUUUGUUCAGAUGGCGAGAGUAGAAAACACUGAUAAUGAUGAGAACGAGCUUGCUCUGUUAUCCAAAAAAGGAAAAAAAGAAAAGAAGAAAGAAAGAAAGUAAGAACAAAAAAACUGAGAAACAAACACAAACUCUUUUUUUUCUUUUUAACUUUUUGGUUUUUGAUAAUUUCAUUUGUGUAAAAAGUAAUUGUGCCGUGUAGCUGAACAUUUUACAGUUGCUAAUGUCAAAAUUCUUGAUGUCAUUCUUUGUAUUUUUAGGGGAGGAGAAAAAGAUAUGUUCAUACUUCUAUGGGUUA